GAAUCAAAUGGUUUCUACACUAAACGAAAUAGCAAAUUACUGCAAACGCUGGAGGUCGCGGCAACUCAGACAGCGUCCAUGGAGAGCCAGCGCUGCAGCUUGCAUACCUCGAUACCCUUAAGAAAGAAAGUCUUUUCUUGAGGCGACGGAAGAGGCAAAGGGUGAAGUGAAGACUUGGGACCGGCGCAGCUUUGAGACAGGGUUUAGAAGCAUUUGAGUCGGUUGCUCGUUUUAAUGAGUGGAUUGCCAAGGCAACAGGGAGGAGGAAAUCAUCUGUUCCAUUGCACGAAGCUGAUAUACUGUACACAUUGCUCGCUGUUUGAUAGCAGAUAACUAUAGAAUAACGAUGGCUGAUCCUGUCACCCUUAAUGUAGGAGGGCACUUAUAUUCAACAUCAAUAUCCACACUAACCAGAUACCCAGACUCCAUGUUAGGUGUCAUGUUUAGGGGUGACUUCCCCACUGCCAAAGACUCUCAAGGAAACUAUUUCAUUGAUAGAGAUGGACCUCUCUUCAGAUACAUCUUGAAUUUUUUAAGGACUGCAGCUUUGACACUACCUCAUGGCUUCAAAGAAAUCGACCUCCUGAGAAAAGAGGCUGACUUUUAUCAGAUAGAACCUUUGAUUCACUGUCUGAAUGAUCCCAAGCCCCUUUACCCCUUAGAUACCUUUGAGGAAGUGGUGGAACUGUCUAGUACCCGCAAACUUUCCAAAUAUUCAAAUCCAGUAGCCGUCAUAAUCACACAACUGACUGUCACUACUAAAGUUCAUUCGCUGCUGGAGGGUAUUUCAAACCAUUUCACAAAAUGGAAUAAACACAUGAUGGAUACCAGGGACUUCCAGGUGUCCUUCACGUUUGGACCCUGUGAUUAUCAUCAGGAGGUGUCUCUUCGUGUUCAUCUGAUGGAGUACAUUGCAAAGCAAGGCUUUACCAUCAGAAUGACAAGGGUACAUCACAUGAGCGAGAGAGCCAAUGAGAACACAGUGGAACACAACUGGACCUUUUGUAGGCUGGCACGAAAAACUGAAGACUGACCAUCCUUAGUGGUAAAUUUUAUAAUGAAUAGUAAUGGCACAAUGUAAUUAAAUACCCAGGUAACCAUGUUCUUCAAUUCUUCUAUUGAAAGGUUACUUUUUGUACAAUAGCAAAGUAUUCCUAUGCAUAUUGUAACCAAAUGAUGCUGUUGAAAGAAGGUAUUAAUGUAAGAUGUAUAUUCCUUAAUGUUCUAUUAACAGUAUGUUCUAGAUUUGUAUUUCCUCAAGCAAAUACCUGAAAUUGUAGCUUUUC